UUCGCGUUGAUGUUUCCAGGGGGGCAGAAGGAGUCGCACACUGUCCUGAGAGGAAAAAAGUUACCGGGAUUGUUUUAAGCUUUCUUUUUCUUUAGGAGAACCUACCUUAGGGGGUUUCAAUUGUACUUGGAUAGUGCUCUAAAAGCUUGCCACCAUGCCGGUUUUUCACACGAAGACGAUAGAAAGUAUCCUGGAGCCGGUGGCCCAGCAGAUCUCCCAUCUGGUGAUUAUGCACGAAGAGGGGGAAGUGGACGGGAAAGCCAUCCCGGAUCUGUCUGCGCCGGUGGCCGCCGUGCAGGCGGCUGUCAGCAACCUGGUCCGGGUUGGAAAGGAGACGGUACAAACCACAGAGGAUCAGAUCAUGAAAAGGGAUAUGCCACCAGCUUUUAUCAAAGUGGAGAAUGCAUGCACAAAGCUUGUCCAGGCUGCUUCCAUGCUAAAAGGUGACCCAUAUUCUGUUCCUGCUCGGGAUUACCUCAUCGAUGGCUCUCGAGGCAUCCUGUCUGGAACCUCUGACCUGCUCCUGACCUUUGAUGAGGCAGAGGUGCGCAAAAUAAUCCGUGUCUGCAAAGGCAUCCUGGAGUAUCUGACUGUAGCAGAAGUGGUGGAGUCAAUGGAGGACUUGAUCACAUACACAAAGAACCUGGGACCAGGUAUGACCAAGAUGGCGAAGAUGAUAGACGAGCGACAGCAGGAGCUCACACAUCAGGAGCAUCGUGUGAUGCUGGUCAACUCCAUGAACACAGUCAAAGAGCUGCUGCCCAUCCUCAUCUCAGGUAUCAAAAUUUUUGUGACAACCAAGACAUCUGGUGGUCAGGGUGUGGAAGAGGCCUUGAAAAACCGAAACUUCACUUUUGAGAAGAUGAGUGCCGAAAUAAAUGAGAUCAUUAGGGUGCUGCAGCUUACAUCCUGGGAUGAAGAUGCCUGGGCCAACAAGGACACAGAAGCCAUGAAGAGAGCUUUGGGGCUCAUUGACUCAAAGAUGGCCCAGGCUAAGAAUUGGCUGAGGGAUCCAAAUGCUCAACCAGGAGAUGCAGGCGAGCAGGCAAUCCGGCAGAUCCUGGAUGAAGCCGGUAAAGUUGGAGAACUUUGUGCAGGAAAAGAGCGCAGAGAUAUCGUGGGCACAGCCAAGACCCUGGGUCAGAUGACCGACCAGGUGUCCGACUUGAGGUCCAGAGGCCAAGGAACAUCCCCAGCUGCCAUGCAGAGAGCACAGCAGGUCUCCCAGGGGCUGGAUGUGCUCACAGGCAAAGUGGAAAAUGCUGCGCGCAAACUGGAGGCCAUGACUAACUCCAAGCAGGCCAUUGCUAGAAGGAUUGAUGCUGCACAAAGCUGGCUGGCAGACCCUAAUGGUGGCCCAGAGGGAGAGGAAAAUAUCAAGGGCCUGCUCAGUGAGGCACGAAAGAUUGCAGACAUGUGUGAGGACCCCAAAGAAAGAGAAGACCUGUUGCGCUCUAUUGGAGAGAUUGCCGCUAUGUCUGCCAAGCUGUCUGAUCUCAGAAGACAGGGUAAAGGUGACACUCCUGAGGCGAGAGCUUUGGCCAAGCAGAUCGCAACAGCCCUGCAGAAUCUGCAGUCCAAGACCAACAAGGCUGUGGCCAACAGCAGGCCUGCGAAGGCAGCUGUUCAUUUGGAAGGAAAGAUCGAGCAGGCGCAGCGAUGGAUUGACAAUCCCACCGUGGAUGACAGCGGUGUGGGCCAAGCAGCCAUCCGUGGCCUGGUGGCCGAGGGCCGCCGGCUGGCCAACGCUCUGGCUGGCCCCUACAAACAGGAGCUGCAGGGGAAGUGUGAUCAGGUAGAGCAGCUCAUGGCCCAGCUGGCUGACCUGGCCGCCCGCGGUGAAGGGGACUCCCCUCAGGCACGCGCUAUUGCUCAACAACUCCAGGAGGCUUUGAAAGACUUGAAAGGAAAGAUGCAAGAGGCGAUGACUCAGGAGGUGUCUGACAUCUUCAGUGACACAACCACCCCCAUCAAGUUACUGGCAGUGGCUGCCACGGCCCCUCUUGAUGCUCCCAACAGAGACGAGGUCUUUGAUGAUAGAGCCUCCAACUUUGAGAACCACGCCAACAGGCUUGGCGCCACAGCCGAGAAGGCUGCUGCCGUUGGCACUGCGAACAAAAGCACAGUAGAGGGGAUCCAGGCUGCUGUCAAGUCAACAAGAGACUUAACACCACAAGUGGUAUCUGCUGCUCGAAUUCUGCUGAGAAACCCUGGCAACCAAGCUGCAUAUGAACAUUUUGAGACCAUGAAAAAUCAAUGGAUUGACAACGUGGAGAAAAUGACAGGUUUAGUCGACGAGGCCAUUGAUACCAAAUCUCUGCUGGAUGCAUCGGAAGAAGCUAUAAAGAACGACCUGGAUAAGUGCCGCCUAGCCAUGGCCAAUCACCAGCCUCAGAUGCUCGUUGCCGGUGCCACCAGCAUUGCCCGCAGAGCCAACCGCAUCCUCCUGGUGGCAAAACGAGAAGUGGAGAAUUCUGAGGACCCCAAAUUCAGGGAGAUGGUCAGGGCUGCAUCUGACGAACUAAGUCAGACAAUUUCUCCAAUGGUGAUGAAUGCUAAAGCGGUGGCUGGGAAUAUCCAGGAUCCAAGUCUUCAGAAAGGGUUCCUGGACUCGGGUUACAAGAUUCUCGGUGCUGUGGCAAAGGUCAGGGAGGCCUUCCAACCUCAAGAGCCAGACUUCCCACCGCCUCCUCCUGAACUGGAUCAGCUUACUAUUAAUGAUGAAGCAGCACCUCCCAAGCCUCCUCUUCCAGAGGGUGAGGUUCCUCCCCCCAGGCCUCCACCUCCAGAGGAAAAAGAUGAGGAGUUCCCUGAGCAGACUGGGGACAUGGUUAAUGAGCCCAUGAUGGUGGCUGCCAAGCAGCUUCACGAUGAAGCGCGCAAAUGGUCCAGCAAAGGAAAUGAUAUUAUUGGUGCUGCCAAAAGGAUGGCCCUGCUCAUGGCAGAGAUGUCCCGUCUGGUGCGUGGAGGCAGUGGAAACAAGCGUGCCCUCAUCCAGUGUGCCAAGGAUAUCGCCAAGGCUUCUGACGAGGUCACACGGCUGGCGAAGGAGGUGGCCAAGCAGUGUACUGACAAACGUAUCCGGACCAACCUUCUCCAAGUGUGUGAGCGCAUCCCCACCAUCAGCACUCAACUCAAAAUCCUGUCCACGGUGAAGGCCACCAUGUUGGGUCGCACCAACAUCAGCGAAGAGGAGUCGGAGCAGGCGACUGAGAUGUUGGUGCACAAUGCUCAGAACCUAAUGCAGUCUGUGAAGGAGACUGUCAGAGAGGCAGAAGCAGCUUCCAUUAAGAUCCGGACAGAUGCAGGCUUCACCCUCCACUGGGUCAGGAAGACCCCCUGGUACCAGUAAGAGCAGGGCUUUUGGCCGUCUGCUUCGUGUUGGUUCUGUCGGCUGUCCAAGAGGACGUUGAAGGGACAGACAUGCUUUAUCAGAGCUCUAAUAUCUUAAGGGCAAAGUUUCUCCAUUAGUCUUGUGUCCUGUCUGUAUUGGUUGCUGUUGUGGCGGAAUGUAAACAAUGGGACUGUCAGAGCGAAUAACAGGUUAGAAUCUUACUGGGACGUGUGUAAAAAUAUAUUUUAAAGCUUAUUUUGACAAAUCCCAGGGAAAUAUCUAUAUAUAUAUAUAUUUUGAUCAGAGGUUAGAUUUCAUUAAUGUGAGGGUGAUUAUUUCUGGUGUUCUCUAAAUCCAGACAAUUAUAAGUUAAAUUUAAAUGAAAACAUUUUCUGAAGACAUUUUUAUACAUUUGUACUAAUUAUUUUAUUAUCUCUAUUAUUCGUUCACUUCUGCUAGGAUAAGCAAAACAAUUUGAGGAGUUGUUACAAGUACAGCAAAGGUCUAUACUCAGCACACAGAUUAUGUAUACAGUUGUAUUGCGUUUGUUUACAAUAUUCUUUAAUAAGAAUCAAGUGAAAGAGAAACACUGUUCUUUACUUUUCAACCUGUUAUGCUGUUGGAGCAGUUCUUUUUCUUUUUUUUUACUUGAGACAUCUGCCAAAGAUAUUCUACUAUCAUCUUUGAAAGUGUACUUUUCUUAAACCAACAUUACAUAAUUAAGUUAGCUUUUUGAACAAACUAAAUAAAAGAGAACUGGUAUACAUUUUUUUUUUAAACAACAAAACUCUGUUAGCAGCAGGCAAAGCAUUCAGGAUUGCACAGGACUAGAUGCAUUUCACGUGUUGUAUAGAAAUGACAGACUUACACUAUUCUACGGCAAAAAAGCCGAGUUAUUGUUUAAUGGUUUUUACAUGCAUUUUUUGUAAAAAUCACACACAUUUGAUAUAUGUACACCUUUCUUCUGUGCACAACCAUUUUUUUGAAUCACGAAUUGCACACUUCUUGGUAGUCGAGGGAAAAAGCAGAACUUUGGGAUGGAGCACUGUGUCUGCAGCUGGUGACAAUAACUCUCUUUAUUCUUUAUUUGUCUCGAUACACUAAACAGAAAUGGCCACCUUUUGUGACUGUAGUAAAUACAUUAAAAUAUCUGAUGGCUUUUGUUGCGAAAGUUACCGUUUUUAAAUAACUAAUACCAACUGAUGUGCCUUCUGAGAUGAACUUACUUUGCCACUGAUAACAAUUUUCAUUUUGAAAUCUUUUGUAUCAUUUAUACAAGAUGUUGUGUUCAUUUGUUCAAAAACACUUAUUGUACAGGAAUUUCAAUGAAGCUAAACAUGGAUGACUCUUGCUGAUGUGCUCUAUGCAAAACCCAUUUUCCCACCCCCCCCUACAAAUGCAAUUUAGGUUCAACGGUUCUGAACAUCCAUCUACUUAAGCAUUGUCACAAUUUUGUAAUAAAGCAUUUUAUAGCACUUUGAA